UUGAGAUGCCUCUAAAUAAAUGGAACCAACGAGAAGUUUGUUUAGAGUAAACUUGUGAUUAUUUCUGACCAACGUUGUUUUAAUCAUGAGUAUUAAGAUGAAUUUCGAUUGCUUUCCCCAACGGUGAUGCAUUUUGAAAUUUUAUUGCAUGCUUUUAAUCAGACCAACGUAGGGUUAUUAUCAUGCUUUUAUUUGCAUUUCAUUGUAUAUGCUUACUAAGUUAAGUUUAAUUGAUCUUAUUUUCAGCUACUAAUGUCAAUGCUGUGGCCUCCUAUCUGAACAACAUUGAGCCGCUCAACGGUGCAAACUUUCAUGAGUGGAAGGGCAAGGUCAUCACAUGCUUGGCUUGGAAUGAUCUUGAUGUUGCUCUGAGAGAGGAUAAGCCUGUUGCGCCUGCUGCUGGGGCUAGUACAGCUCCAAAUGAGAAGUGGGACAGAUCUGUUCGCAUGGCUCUCAUGGUUAUGAUGCAGACCAUCAGUGCUUGCAUCAAGGGCGCCAUCCCCACUAAGAAUGCUCAGGGCGUUGAUCUGAAUGCUAAGGAGUACCUGGCCAAGAUUGAGGAGAAUUUUAAGAGCUCAUCUAAGACUUAUGCUAGUACACUCAUCAUGAAGUUAGUGGGUUCUCAGUAUAAUGGACAGUCUGGCAUAAGGGAGCACAUCCUCAAUAUGUGCGACAUGGCUAACAGGCUUAAGGAAAUGCAAAUGGAGAUCUCUGAGGGUUUUCUUGUGCAUUUCAUCAUGACAUCACUGCCUCCACAAUAUGUUGCCUUUAAGAUUAAUUACAACACCAACAAGACUGUUUGGUCUAUCAGUGAGUUGAUCAGCUACUGUGUUGAAGAAGAAGAAAGGCUUAAGACUGAAAAGAUGAAGGAUGUUGUGAACAUGGUUGGCAACCUCAGCAUUUCAGGCACUCCUAAGAAUCAACAUGAGUCAGGUAGCAGCAAGCAAGGCCAAAGGAAGUAUAAGAAGACUGGGAACAAGAACUUUGGGCCCAAGAACAACAACAACAAGUUCAAGCGCCAUCAGACCAAGGGCGGCAAGAUGUUGUGCUCUUUCUGUGACUCGCCCAAGCAUCUUCAGAAAGCCUGUCCUGGUUUCAAGGAAUGGCUGAAAGAACAAGGUAUUCCGUACAAUCCGAACUAUAAGAAAGGGGGAGCGAAGCCUAAGAGUGGCUGAUGGGACUCCAGUUGAAGUUGAAGGCGUUGGAAGCUUCCACUUAGAGUUGUCGGACGGCUUCCAGCUUAAUUUAGAUGAUGUCCUUUAUGCUCCUAGUUUAAAGAGAAACUUAAUUUCUGUUUCAGCAUUAGAUGAUUCGGGUCAUAUUUGUGAGUUUGGAAACAAUCAGUGUGUGAUAAAGUUUAAUUCAAUAAAUGUGGGUCUUGCUGUCAGGCAAGGCAAACUUUAUA